GUGGAGGAGCAUCACGCCGUGGGGAAAUCCGUCAGUGUGAUGUCAAAGGCUGUGGACAGAGAGAGGCGGGUCUGAAGGAGCCAGGACAGCUAACUCCACAGCGUGUGAGCAAAAUGAAACAUGGAUGAGGAGGUCGCCGAAAGUUGGGAGGAAGCUGCUGAUAGUGGGGAAAUGGAAAAGCGGUUAGAAGAGAAGCUAUGGAUCAGCCAGAAAGAAAAGGAGUCCACUAAUAAUUCUUCGCGAUCUCCACUGAAGACAACCAUGGUGAUACAGGACGACUCUCUACCAGCAGCACCCCCACCUCAGAUACGCAUUCUGAAGCGGCCUGCGAGUAACGGUUCACUGGGGUCACCCCUGAAUCAGAACAGGCCCACACCGCAGGUCAAGUCUCUGGCCCAGCGCGAGGCAGAGUACGCCGAGGCCAGGAAGAGAAUACUGGGCAGCGCCUGCCCAGAGGAGACGCCUCAGGACAAACCCAACACUGACAGGCCAGGGCGCAAUAACUCUACAAUGCCUUCAGAGGACAGCCGAUCAAACAAUCACACUGUCAGGCAGCCAGCCGGCCCAGACGGCACCCACGGGUUCCGACAGCACAGAUAAGUGGGCCUCGGGGUCACCCAGCCAUUGAGGGGGAGAGAGAUCAAGGGCCACCUGAGAGCAAAGACAAGCAUCGUAUUCUUCCUAAACUUCCCUCCUUCAGCUCCACGAUAUCAGACGCACAGACCGCACUGCUGCUGCCUCCCCGCUAGCAGCCUCGUAGAACUGACAGGAACGAGGAACUCAAAGGUCAAAGGAAGUCAAACGGAAAUAUGCUCUCCUCUCUCCCCACUGCAGUCUGUUUGACACUGUGAUUAUGGACAUCUUCUGGACUCACUGUGAUGACCCCCCUUUAAGCAACGCCCCUCACCUCCACCUCUCUCCUCCUUCGGUUCCCAGCUGCUUCGUCUCAGGGCGCCCGCAACGCUGAGGCAAAGACUCGAAAGCAAAAGACGGCAGAGAGAGGAGGAGAAGUGACGGGUUGUAGCAAAAUGAGAUGAGCUGGUACUUGGGCAGCAGCUUCUCCUCAGCAAUAAUACCAGAUAUCACUUCUCACACCUUUAAAUACUUUUUAAUUUUACAGAUGUUGGCUGACAAAUUUUUUUUAUCUUUGGUUCUUUGCUUGUCUUUAAUUAUCUACACUAGGGAUGCUCUGACAGAAGUACACACACCACCAAUAACUCAUUCAUUAAAAUAGUAUUUAGUAUUGAGAUAUUUUUUUAAAUCUGCAGUUUUUAGGAAAUAAAAAAACAUGGAUUUAUUCUUUUUUCCAUCUGUUUGGUGGUCAAACAGUCUAAAAAUGCUACAUUUUAGUUUCUCCUCACAGUUCAAACAGACAUCCUGGGCCUGUGUGGUGUCAGUAAACUCUAAUAAUGCUGAGUACUAAACUGGUUCCUGCCCGGUAACUGAGCUGGAAGCAUUACCGCCGCACCCCUAAAUCUGUAAAUUGCCAUUUGUUUUUAAAAACAGAGGGAAAGGGUCAUGUGUGUCAAGUUGUAUAUCUGACGAGUUCUGUUUAUGCUAUGUUUUUGAUUUAAACUUUUCAUCUGUCUUCCUUAGACUGUCACAUCAUUAUUUCUAUUUAAAAGUAAAAGAAGAAAAAAAAAAGAAGACAUAUGAAAAGAUUGUGGAGCUAAGUCCAUUUUUAAGUAGCUUUUCUGCCUUUUUGUAUGAGACGGCAGCAAUGUCAAGAGCAGUAUUUUAAUCAAAAUGAACCAAAAUCCCAUUUUAAAAUCAACCUGUACAUAUAUCGGUUAAUUCAGAUGUCAUUAUGUGAUGGUGGCAGCAACUCGAGGGGUCAGAUGGGGGAAUGAAUUUACUGCUGUACAGAAGCCUCUCCGUCAAAUCUCCACCUCGCCAGCAGUGUGCUCGUUUCUUCAUGUCCUUCACUGACGUACAGCGCGCAGGAACUCAGGUGCAAGUGAACAAGGCUGAAUGAAUGAAAUGAACCAAGAUUGUAUUUUUCCAGCGGGUUUGAUCGCGCAAACCACAAAUGUCCGUAUUAAAGCUUGGGUUGGCGCUUUCGUAGAAACAGUGCUCUAGAGUGUGCCGUGAAAUGUAUUAGAAAUGAUGUCCCCAGAUGAAUGAAUGCCGGGUUAUGUUUUUUGUCUUUUGAUUGUUGGCAUCUGGGUCACGUAAGAAACUGUAAGAGUAACUGAUGGUUCGCUGUUGAAAUGGAUCAUGGAGACACAGCUGUAUGUGAACCAGAGAGGGUAGUGACUACCUGGCUGACCAAGACCAUUGUGCCCAAAAGAUGUUCUUAGUUUUUCACCUUUUUAUUUGUUUAAACGGAGAAGAGAUCUCAAUAAAGCCAUAUUCAAGUGGUGCACAUCAUCAAUAGAAGCAUUGUUGUAAAUGGUUGAAUUCAGCUUGUGCCUCCUGUAUCACAUCUUUACUUCCUGGUUGUUGAUUUUAUUACUGUAGUUCAAGAAACUGAAUAUAUCCGAGGAAGAACUCACAAUACUGGUAAGAGAUUUUUAGUUCAGGAAAUCGAGCAGCAGAGCCAGAGACAGAUGGGUUUAGCUGAGCUCUGAGUGAGAACA